AUGUUGGAUUUGAAAGGAUUUGUCUUAAACCCAUUACACACAUUAUAUCAGAUAUCUGAAAUAACUUCCAUACCACCUUCCGUUACAUCAGACGAUACUGAAUCGACUAUUUCAAGUAAUACAACCGAUAAUAAUCUACAUAUUAAUAGCCUACUAUAUACCAAUGAGAAUCUAAACUUAGAAAAUUUAUUUGCUGAAAUGGUUGCAAAUCAAGCUGAUAUACAAGCAUUAACCAAUGUGUUGCAAAAUGUUCUCAAUGUAUUUGCUUCACAAGGAUAG